AUGAAAGCAUUGCUUGACUCUCAAGGUAUAUGGGAGAUUGUCGAAAAAGGCUAUAAUGAGCCACAAGAUGAAGAGGGGUUGUCUCAAGUUGAGAAGGAAGUUUUGGCAAAGACAAGGAAGAAUGAUCAACAAUCUCUUACUGUCAUUCAUCAAUGUUUGGAUGUUUCUACGUUUGAGAAGGUUGCCGAUGCUACGAAUUCAAAAUUAUUGCUCAAUGCUGAAGACAAUUGUGAAUCAAAUGAAGAGAUAUGGAGACAAGAUAGAAAAUAUUCGUGUAGCAGAGAAAAUUCUAGUUCCUUGACUCCUAAGUUCGAUUAUGCGGUAUGUGUUAUUGAGAAAUUAGAAGGUUCAUUGCAAUCUCAAGAAGAAAGAAUGAAGAAAAGGCAAGAGGAGCCAUUAGAGAAAGUUCUCAAGAUGAUCAAAGCUUCGUUGAAAGAUGAUAGAGGAUUCAAUAGUAAAAAAAUACAUGGAUGUGAACACGGAAGAGGACGAAAAUAUGGUCGUUGCCAAGGAGGAAGAGGAAGAGGUUUCAACCGUGAACCAAACUACGAAGAAAGUCACCCAUCACCAAGAAUUUGUGGAAGAGGUUAUGGCUAUUAUCAAAGUGAAAAAAGGUAUGACAAAUCUAAAGUUGAAUGUUAUAACUGUCAAGAAUUUGGCCAUUUUUCUUGGGAAUGUUGUAAUGCUCCUAAUCAAGAUGAAGAAGAGGUUAAUCUUAUUGAAGAAGAGGUUAAUCUUAUUGAAGAAGAUGAAGAGUCAACUUUUUUGCUAACACUCAAGGAAUAA